CUUUGCGCGGUGGAGGCGGCUGCGGCGGCUGCACGGGGACCGAGGUUGAAGUUCAUGAGUUCGCCCAGCCUCAGUGACCUGGGCAAGAGGGAGCCGGGCGCGGCGGGUGCGGACGAGCGGGGCACGCAGCAGCGCCGGGCCUGCGCCAACGCCACCUGGAACAGUAUCCACAACGGUGUGAUUGCCGUCUUCCAGCGAAAGGGGCUGCCUGACCAAGAGCUCUUCAUCCUCAACGAGGGUGUCCGGCAGCUGCUGAAGACGGAGCUGGGGUCCUUCUUCACUGAGUACCUGCAGAACCAGCUGCUGACCAAGGGCAUGGUGAUUCUUCGUGACAAGAUACGCUUCUACGAGGGGCAGAAGCUGCUGGACUCACUGGCGGAGACCUGGGACUUCUUCUUCAGUGAUGUGCUGCCGACCCUGCAGGCCAUCUUUUACCCUGUGCAGGGCAAGGAGCCGUCGGUGCGCCAGCUUGCCCUGCUGCAUUUCCGGAACACCAUCACCCUCAGCGUGAAGCUGGAGGACGCACUGGCCCGCUCCCACGCGCGUGUUCCCCCUGCCAUCGCACAGAUGCUGCUGGUACUGCAGGGAGUACAUGAGUCCAGGGGUGUGACUGAAGAUUACCUGCGCCUCGAGACAUUGAUCCAGAAGGUGGUGUCACCGUACCUGGGCACCUAUGGACUCUACUCCAAUGAAGGGCCCUGUACCCAUUCCUGUAUCCUUGAGAAACGGUUCCUACGCCGCUCCCGCUCUGGGGAUAUCCUAGCCAAGAACCCAGUGGUGCGCUCCAAAAGCUACAAUACUCCCCUGCUCAAUCCUGUGGCUGAGCAUGAGGCAGAAGGCACAGCGUCCGGUGGCACGAGCAUCCGCACAGUCUCUGAGAUGACAUCUUGUCCUGAGCCCCAGGGCUUUGUGGACAUGCCUGGACAGGGCCCUUUGGGGACCUUUAGGUUCCCAACACCCCACUCAGGGCCUUGCCCCAGCAGACUAUACCCCCCUGCCCAUUCCCCCGAACAGGGCCCAGACCAUGGCUCCCCACCCACCUCCAGCCCUGAGACACUCGUGGACCAGAUCCUGGAGUCCGUGGACUCAGACUCCGAAGGGAUAUUCAUUGACUUUGGGCGGGGUAGUCGCUCCAGUGUGUCUGACUUUGAGGCAGCAGGCGGCCGGCCGAGUGUUGUGUGAUGGCCUGAGGUUAGUUCAUGUUUUUACUGCCCCUGUGUGUUUGCAUGUCUUGUAUGUGUGCGUGAGAGACUUGUUACUCUUUCCAAACCUUGCCAGCCCCCUUUCACUGCCUCAAGUCACUUUGUACUCCCAGUCUGUUGGAAAACCCACCCACCCAGAUGCAUACUCAACCACCUGGAGGAAUGGGCCACCAUGUGCCCUCCCGCCUGCCCCACUCUCGGUGCCCACAACUUACCCAGGAAAAUGUGAACCAGUGGGCUCUGCCUACGCCAGCCCAGCCUGGCCUUCAUAGUGACGGGACUCAAGCCACAGACAGACCUGCCUGCCUGCCUCCCUCUGCCCUCGGUGGCCACAAAACAGGAAGGCAUGAAAUAAAGUUACAGCACCAGGCUUCCAUUCUGCCCCCUGGUGUCCU